CAUCGUCCCCAAUUUGAAUUCCCGCGCUCUAAGAUCUCAAUUGUGAGCCGACUCUUCUUCCUCCUCCGCAGCAAAUCCUUCACCCAUGGCCUCCCCGACCUUCCAUCCCGUCGUGGACGACAAUGACCUAGAAGACGCCGCUCUGUGGGCCGUCAUUGACUCCGCCGCCGCCUCCCACUCCUCCUCCAAAUCCAAACCCCAACCCCGCAGGCCCCUCGCUAUCAAAUACCCAAACUACCCUCGCUGCUCCCCAGUCUCAAACCCUUAUCCUCCGCCCAAGCUGUUCAAGACCGCCGCAAGGCUCGACUCCUCCGUCGACUCCGACUCCAAGUCAACCGCAUCAGAGGGCGAGGUCGUCGAGGAACCCUGGGCGUUUCACCCCCCGAGGAAGAUCGCGAGGUCCUCUUUUUCCGAAGUCAACGACACGAGUCCUCUGGUCGUAGUUCGAAAUGUGCAGCGCACGACGCCUACCACUCCUACGACUCCGUUUUAUUCGUCGCCGGAAACGCACUUGUCGCCGGGGAUCGGGAAUUUUGCGAGCCCUGUGAACUAUGCGCAGAGAGGGGAGAGGGAUAACAGCUCUGUAGCUGUUCAUAGCAUGUCCGGGAGGUUCCCUUCGGUCUCUCUGUUUAAGGAGUAUCAGAAUGCAGCUAUGGCGAUUUUGGAGAAAACAGAUUACACCAUGAUUUCUGGGCAUCCUUUCAUUAAAAAGUCAGGUUGGAGGAAGAUAUCAUUUUACUUCAAUCUCUCUUUUGAGAUCAAAGACAAGACCAUUGAAUUUGAUGAGAAUCGAAAUGUUCUCCGGGCCGAAUUUGUAGUUCGGGCACACAUGCAGGGCGGUAGGUUCUCAGAUGGAUGGGGUGCAUGCGAUCGGCGUGAGAAGAGAUUCAAUAAACCAAAUCAUGACAUUCCGAGCACAGCGGAGACCAGGGCUAAAAGCAAAGCAUCCCAGGAUCUGCUAGGAAUCGGAGAGUACCGACCAGGUGCAAGUCAGUUCAACCAUUAACCGUGAUCUCAACAGCUGUUUCUGAAUUGCUUUAUUAAGGUUCUGCUGUAUAAUUCUCAGAAUUUCUUGUUUGAGAAAGCCAGUGUUGUUGUAUCUUCACAAUGUCUUUUAAACUGGAAAACUUGUCCAGCGACAAAUUUCCUACUCUAAUUUGCCGAGGAGUGGUUCAAACUUA